CUGCCUACCAUCUUCCCACGAUCCCUGUCUCCUUGCGCUGAGACUGUCUGGGAACUCUGCUCUCCAUCCCUGCCGUUUUUAUCCUGCUCCGGUCCCCUCUCUGAGCGGUUCUCCAUCCCUUCCCCUGCCCUGCACGCUCCCACCCCUCACACCGUGACACAUUUCCUCCCCUUCUCCGCCGGCAGCCCCACGCUGUUCCCAUCCUGAGCAGCUCGUCAGUGCCACCCGGAACCUGAGCAGGGGUUGCUGCAAUCGGCGGAAACAUGGCACGGAGCUGUGCUCGCUCAGCGCUCGUGGCUGCAGGACACUCGGGCCCGAUGGAGCAGGGGGCCUGGCAGCGGUGGCUGCUGCUGCUGCUGGGCAUCCAGCUGGCCAGUAGCCAGUGCCCAGAGCAGUGCCAGUGUGUCCGCAGCGCCCAGGUCGAGUGCUCYGGUGCCGACAUCACGGCGGUGCCCAGCCCCAUCCCCGCCAACGCCAUGACCCUGCAGAUCAUCAACACGCGCAUCGCCGAGCUGGGUGACACCGCCUUCGGCAACGCCUCCCUGCUGAUCGGGCUGCGCGUCGAGAAGAACCUCCUGUCGCGCAUCAGCCCCGGCGCCUUCCAAAACCUGCCCGACCUGCGCUACCUCAGCCUGGCCAGCAACAAGCUGCAGGAGCUCCCUGUGCAGGUCUUCGAGCCGCUGGACAAGCUGGAAUCUCUGCUUCUCUCCAGCAACCAGAUCCUGCAGGUCGAGCCUUCCCACUUCGCCCAUCUGAGCAACCUCAAGGAGCUGCAGCUGCACGGGAACAACCUGGAGGAGCUGCAGGAAGGGGUGUUUGACCAGCUGACCAGCCUCACCAAGCUCAACCUGGCCAGGAACAACAUCGAGCGCCUGCCGCCCCGGGCCUUCGAGCGGCUGGCGCGGCUGCAGGUGCUGCGGCUCUACGAGAACCGGCUCCGGCACAUCCCGCUGGGCACCUUCGAUGCKCUGCCGGAGCUGCAGGAGCUGGGGCUGCACCAGAACCAGCUGGAGACGCUGUCCCCGGAGCUCUUCGUGCACAACACCAACCUGCAGAAGCUCUAUCUGUCCAACAACCUGCUCACCACUCUGCCGAGCGGCGUCUUCGUGCCCCUGCACGCCCUCGCCAAGAUCACCCUGCACGUCAACCGCCUGCGGGACAUCUCCCCCGGCGCCUUCGGGCCCGCGCCCAACCUGCAGGAGCUCUGGCUCUACGAGAAUGAGCUUUCCACCCUCCACACCGCCGUCUUCAGCAACCUCACCCAGCUGCAGCUCCUGGUUCUCAGCAAGAACCGGCUGCGGUCGGUGGCGCCGGGGGCGUUCCAGGGCUUAGGGGAGCUGCUGGAGCUGUCGCUGCACUCCAAUGCCCUGCGCCGCCUGGAUGCCCGGGCGCUGGAGGGGCUSCCCAAGCUGCAGAACAUCUCCCUGCACCACAACCAGCUGCAGGCGCUGCCGCGGGGCCUCUUCGGGGCCACCCCGGGGCUGCGGCACCUGCAGCUGCACUCCAACGCGCUCGAGUACCUGCCUGCAGGCAUCUUCUCCCCGCUGACUGCCCUGCGAGAGGUGAGGCUGCACAACAACUCCUGGCGCUGUGACAAGGGCAUCCUGCCCCUGCAGGGCUGGCUGGAGGAGAACCCCCACAAGGUGGGUGAAACACCCCCGCUGUGUGCCCAGCCUCCCGCCCUGCAGGGCAUCCCCAUUGCCAGGCUGCAGCGGGACCAGUUCCUYGACCCCCAGCCCCCCACUGCUGCUCCCCAUCCCAGCACCCUGCUCCCUGCUCACACCUCUGGGGCAGCGUCACCGGAGGAUUCCUCGAUGAAGCCCCUCACGGAGCUGCCAGCCUCCCCACAGGAGGAGGAGGAGGAGAAGGAGGAGGAAGAGAGGGGGCAGUGGGGGCUGACACGCCUGCAGAGCGGGGUGGUGAUAGCAGUCAUCGUGCUGGUGUGUGUGGCCCUGCUGGCCGCUCUGGUGGCACUGGUGGUCCAUGGCUGCAGGAAGAAGAGCCACGUCGUGCUCAUGAGGAUGAAGGCGCCCAAUGAACAGCACCCUGCCACCAUCCCAGGGCCAGUGGAUGUCCGGGGCCAGGACCCYACUUCCUUGCCAGGAUGCUCACAGGCGGCUGCCUCUGGCCUCACCUCCAGUCCCCCCGGGGCCGGGUUAUUUUUCAAAGUGCUUCAAGGACACGGGUUGUUGUUGCCGAUAAGCAGCGAGGGGCAGCUCCGCCCCAGCAGGAACAGCUCGUCCCUGCCUUGGGCUGGCUUCCCAUCCGCCCCAGAAACACCGUCCCAUCUCGGCAAGCGGCAUCUCUGCAAAUCUGCCGCAGGUUCAGCCACCGUCCCCGUGAUGCCACACGUGUGCAGGCUGGUGAUGUGUGUKCUGCUGGGGUCCCUGCUGGUGGGGGGGCUGCCCCCAUCCUGCCCCCCAUCCUGCCAGUGCUACGACACCUCCAAAGUCUUCUGCUCCGGCGAGAGGAUGCGGGAGAUCCCGGAGGGCCUGCCAGGGAGUGCCACCCAGCUCUUCUUUGUGGAGACAGCCCUGAGCAGCSUCCGCAGCGGGGACUUGGGCUCCAGCACCACUCUCACCAAGCUGGUGUUCAUCAAAAACCACAUCCAGGAGCUGGAGGCUGGCGCCUUUCAGGGACUGCCCAACCUCACGGAGCUCGAGGUGUCAGGCAACCCCUUGCCGGCCGUCAGCCUGGGGGUGCUGGCGGGUUUGAGCAGCCUCAGCAAGCUCUCGCUGGGUGCCAACACCAUCCGCACCCUGCAGCCGGGGCUCUUCACCGCCUCGUGCCGCCUGCAGGACCUGCGCUUGUCGGACAACAGGAUUGAGGCGCUGCCCCCCGGCAUCUUCCGCCCGCUCCGGCGGCUGCAGGCGCUGGACCUGUCCCGGAACGCCCUGGCUGAGCUGCCGGACGGGCUGCUGACCCCGCUGGUCACCCUUCGUCUCCUCAAGCUCAGUGACAACCUGCUGGCACGUGUGCCUCCCGCUGCUUUCAGGGCUCUUGGCCAGCUGACCGAGCUCCACCUGGAUGGCAACCGGCUGGAGGAGCUGCCCUCGGGCAUCUUCACCGGGCUGGGGAGGCUGCGGCGGCUGCAGCUGCAGCACAACGCCCUGGCCAGCCUGGCCCCCGACAUCUUCACGGGUCUCCUCAACCUCACUGUCYUGAGCCUGGAGGGCAAUCGCCUGGCCACCCUGCCCGCCACCCUCUUCGCUGGCACCCCSGGCCUCCUCCACCUCUCGCUGGCUCGCAACCAGCUGGAGACGCUGCCCCAGGAGCUCUUUGCCAACCUGUCAGUGCUGGAAAGCCUGGUGCUGUCGCACAACGCCAUGGAUCACCUGCCCGCUGGGGUUUUCCAGGAGCUGGCAGGGCUGGCAGAGCUUCAGCUGAGCCACAACAACCUCUCCAGCCUGCCGGCGGGGCUGCUGGCCGGGCUGCCCCUGCUCACCGCCCUGCUGCUGGACCACAACCGCCUGGCCCGCCUGCCCCCGGGGCUCUUCGAUGCCAACGAUGAACUGGKGCGUGUGGGGCUGUCUGACAACCCCUGGGUGUGUGACUGCCGCCUCUCCUACCUCCUGCGCUGGCUCCAGAGCUUUGCUGAGCCCCUGAUCCACGGGCAAGCCUUGUGYGCCAGCCCAGCCGCUCUCCAGGGCCAGACCCUGCUGGAGGUGCCCCGCGGGCAGCUGGAGUGCCCGGGAGCGCACGGUGUCCCCYCGGAGGGAGGCUGGGACAAGGAUGCUCCGGGGCAGUGCACCUACAGCAACCCCGAGGGCACUGUCAGCGUGGCCUGCAAUGCCACAGCCUGCCAGCAGCUCAGCCUUCGCCUCCCUCCUCCUCCUCCAGGGCAGGAGCGGGGCUUGGGGCCCGCGUACCAGGGAGCCUGGGUGCUGCGCUCCCGCUGUGGCACGCUGCAGGUCAGUGUCCUUGUCACGGCACACAGCGGGAAUGAGGGCACGUCRCCAGCUGUCCCCACCGUGCCCUAGAGCUCAGGCAGCCUCUGAACCAGCCUGGGAAACMAACAGCACUCCGUCUCGCUCUGCUGCCACUGCCACGGCCACAGCUGUCACCGAGCUCUCCGCAGCAGCUGGCCUGGCGGUGUUCAUCCUCCCAGCUAYGUGUUUCCUGUGUAUUUCAAAUAUAAUUAAAACGUAUCUAUUUUUUCUGUGCAACCAGUUCCCAUGGCGGAGAGAGGAAUCGUUCUGUUGGCCCCCACAGUGUAUCUGGGAGAGGCAGUGGCGGUCACUCUGGUCCUUUGGGGUCCUGU